CAUAUAUGCCGGACUAAUAAGGAGGUAGACGGAAGAAACCAGAAUGAACUACCUAGUUUGUACUUAUUUCAAAUGCCUCUGAAAAGAACAAAACAGCUGGCUAUCUGUGUUGUACAAUGUACACUCGUGGCUACAGUGCGUUUGUGAUCAUCUAUACCUUAUCUGCUGCUGAAACUGGUUUGUAAACGUGAUGGCUGGAGGCGCUGGAGGCUGGACAUUGUGCGUUGGCCGUUGGGUUUAUUGUUAUUUAUAACCACAUAGGUAUUGAUGAAGUUCAGUUUCCAAUUACCAUGUGUUGCUGUUCUGUAUUGUACGUGUAGGUACUUUUGAUUAUUCAAUGCUGUGAAGUCAAAAAAUUCAGUUUUUCGAUCAAAUUCUUGCCUGAUCCUUAUUCGAUUCGAAGCGAGAAAAAAGAAAUACCAAGGUACAGUGAAAGUUUUUCGAAAAGGCAGCGAAGUAGACAUGUCGAGCAAUACUCUUGUGACGAAAUGUGAAAGAAAAAGAAUCGUUAAAAACUGUUGUAAAACGAAGUCGCAUAUAAAGGAGUGCAGUUUUUUAUGGACAAUCGAUCAUUAUUCGAAGAUCGUUCUAAAAAGAGGCGAAAAACUUGAAUCGUCGCAGUUUACAGCCGUCGAUGAUGAUUUAAAAUGGUGUUUGGAACACACGACUUAUUGGAGCAAUUGUUAUCAGUAUGUGUCGUUUGCUUUACGAGUACAUCUGGAUUGCCACGAAAAUCUUGAAAAAUAUGGUACUAUUACUGCAAAUGCUGAAAUCUCUUUCAUGAAGCCUGAUGGUCACGAAACUGGAACCCGAAAUUCUACUAUCAACAUUACCCCUAUGGAAGAUUCACACAGUAAAACUUCGUUGUUGUGUGAGUUUGGUGUAGGAAGCAUGAAUGAAUGGACGUUUCAAGAUGAAUUGACGAUCUUUUGCUGCGUUAGCUACUGUAAAGAAAAUGACAUUGUGACUACUUCAUCACAGGAUCCAAAUUCAUUCGAAAUUUCUGAAUCCAGCCUCUCGCAAGAUUUCGAACGAUGUUACCUGGAUGAUGAUCACUUCACUGACGCGAUAAUUUCAGUCAAAGAUAAAGAUUACCCAGUUCAUAAAAUAAUUCUGGCUACUCGCAGUUCGGUUUUCAACACUAUGUUCAGAAGCAAAAUGCAAGAAAGCCAGAAUAACCGCAUCGUUAUCCCAGAUAUCGAGCAAGAGCCCUUCGAAGAAAUGCUGCACUACAUUUAUACGGGAAAGACGAAGAAUUUAGACGAAUCGGCCUUCGAAUUGCUACCCGCAGCGGAUAAAUACGAUCUAAAAGAUCUGAAGGCUAUGUGUGAAGAAAUGUUGUAUCGGAAAUUAUCAACUGAUAAUGCUGCGAAGAUUUUAAUGUUGGCGGAUAUGCAUCAUGCUAAUGAAUUAAAGACGCUCACUCUUCGAUUUAUCAGAGAUAAUUACGCCAGUUGCGAAGAUUUUAAGAAUUCUGAAAUUUGGACCGAGUUGACUACGUCUCACGUUCAACUGAUUAAAGAUAUGCUGGCUGCUUUUUGUGAAAAAUAAUGGUUAUUUGUGAAAUUGUCGUUUUGAAGACUUUGAAUCGAAAGGAAGGACAGGUAGAUAUCUGAAAUUCACCUCAUUAUGUUCUGUUCUUUUUUGUUCCAAAUUUUGAUUUAAGAAAACUGUACUUUUUUUUGAGUUUUGAUCAAAACAGUAUCUUAUCUCAGCCUAUUGUAUUGUAUACCUACCUAUUUAUAAAGAGUAUUUAUUUUUACGCUGUAUUUCAGUUUUCGUUUUGUAAUUAUAUCUACGUAGAAAUUAAAUAGUACUUACCUACCUAUACUUUCGUUUCGUGUUA